AUGUCAACGAGAAGUGGACGACUUUACCAACAACCACCUACAACUAUAGCAACUACACAAUCGGUUACCAAUACUACUGUUACAAUGACUAACACCGAUGAUUUAAUGUUGGAUGCUAUUAUUAAAGAUUUUCCAAAACUUUCUGGCCAGAAGAACGAAAAUAUCGAUGACUGGUUACGACUGUUACAUGUAAAAUUUUUUGCAUUAAAUUUUGAUGAAUCCCAACAACUUAAAUGGUCAAUACAAUUUCUACCUGAUGAAACUUUAAAGUGGUAUCUUCCACAAGUAGACAACAUACAAACAUGGGCUGCUUUUAGAACAAUAAUAUCCAAACCAUGA